GACGUGAUAUGCUGCUGGAAAGAGGGAGGGAGGAAGAGAGACGGCUGGACUCCAUUAAGCCGAAGCCUGCAGGGGAACUGUUUGGGAUACUUCACUUCUCCAGCGAGUUCCUCGGGGAUUUCUUUCCGCCUUUUAUUGUCUGAAAAAGACGGUAUACAUGAUUUAAAGAGGGGGAACUUGUUCUGCACCGAGUAGCCGACAGUUUUAGUGUUUUCUUUUCGUCUUUGUGAAGGAUGGCGCUGGACGGGAUCCGGAUGCCCGAUGGCUGCUACGCCGACGGGACGUGGGAACUGAAGAUGCACGUCACCGACCUCAAAAGGGACGUGUCGCUGAGGGUAACUGGGGAGAUCCACAUCGGAGGAGUCAUGCUCAAACUCGUGGAGAAACUAGAUGUGAAGAAGGAUUGGUCCGACCAUGCUUUGUGGUGGGAGAAGAAGAAGACAUGGCUGUUGAAAACCCACUGGACGUUGGACAAGUACGGCAUCCAAGCCGACGCCAGGCUGCUUUUCACGCCGCAGCACAAGCUGCUGCGCCUCCAGCUGCCCAACAUGAAGCACAUGAAGGUCAAGGUUAACUUCUCGGACCGCGUCUUCAAGGCCGUAUCCGACAUCUGCAAAACUUUCAAUAUCCGCCAUCCAGAGGAGCUGUCUCUACUGCGUAAGCCCCGUGAUCCCAAGAAGAAGAAGAAAAAGUUGGAGGAGGCAGAGGAGGACGAUCUGGAGCUGGAGGGUCCGCUGUUAACCCCUGGAUCAGGGAGCAUCUACUCCAGUCCAGGCUUGUACAGUAAGACUAUGACCCCCACCUAUGACUCCAGAGACGGUAGCCCCCUGUCGCCCACCACUGCCUGGUUUGGGGACAGCCCCCUCUCUGAGGGCAACCCCAGCAUCCUCGCUGUCAGCCAGCCAAUCUCCUCUCCAGACAUCUUGGUCAAACUCUACAAGCCCCAGUCCCUGCUGGACAAAGCCAAAAUCAACCAGGGGUGGUUGGACUCAUCCAGGUCUCUGAUGGAGCAGGAUGUAAAGGAGAAUGAGGUGCUGCUGCUGAGGUUUAAAUACCACAGUUUCUUUGACCUCAACCCUAAGUAUGAUGCCAUCCGAGUGAACCAGCUCUAUGAACAGUCCAAGUGGGCCAUCCUGCUGGAGGAAAUUGAGUGCACGGAGGAGGAAAUGAUGAUGUUUGCUGCCCUGCAGUACCACAUCAACAAGCUGUCAAUCAUGUCUUCAGACCACCACAUGAAUAACAGUGAGAAAGAGGUGGAUGAGGUGGAUGCAGCCCUGUCAGACCUGGAAAUUACUUUGGAAGGAGGGAAGACGUCCAACACACUGGGUGACAUCACAUCUAUUCCUGAGCUAGCGGACUAUGUCAAAGUCUUUAAACCCAAGAAACUGACACUGAAGGGCUAUAAGCAGUACUGGUGCACAUUCAAGGAUAUCACAGUUUCCUGUUACAAGAGUAAAGAGGAGGCGCAUGGGACACCUGCUCUUCAAAUGAAUCUUAGAGGUUGUGAGGUAACUCCAGAUGUUAACAUCUCGGGUCAGAAAUUCAACAUCAAGUUGCUCAUCCCAGUGGCUGAUGGCAUGAAUGAGAUCUGGCUUCGGUGUGACAUGGAGAAACAGUACGCCCACUGGAUGGCUGCAUGUCGCCUGGCCUCCAAAGGGAAGACCAUGGCCGACAGCUCUUACAACCUGGAGGUCCAGAACAUUCUGUCCUUCCUUAAGAUGCAACACAUGAACCCUGACCCUCAGUUCAUUGAGCCAAUCACCACCGAUAUCAACCCAGAAUGCCUGGUGUCCCCGCGCUAUCUGAAGAAGUACAAAAACAAGCAGCCAGGCUCUAUCAGGGAUUUGAUUUCAGCCCGGAUCCUUGAAGCCCACCAGAAUGUGGCCCAGAUGAGUCUCAUCGAGGCCAAGGUGCGCUUCAUCCAGGCGUGGCAGUCCUUGCCUGAGUUUGGAAUGACUCAUUUCCUUGCCAAGUUUCAGGGUGGAAAGCGGGAAGAACUGAUCGGCAUCACUUAUAACCGUAUGAUCCGGAUGGAUGCGAGCACUGGAGAUGCUAUCAAGACCUGGCGCUUCAGCAACAUGAAACAGUGGAAUGUCAACUGGGAGAUCAAAAUGGUGACAGUGGAAUUUGCAGACGAGCCCAGUCUGUCUUUCAUCUGUGCCGAGGUGGACUGUAAGGUGGUCCACGAGUUCAUCGGCGGCUACAUCUUCCUGUCCACACGUGCCAAGGACCAGAACGAGUCUCUAGAUGAGGAGAUGUUCUAUAAGCUGACCAGCGGCUGGGUCUGAGCCACCCCCAACGAUAGUCGGUCGGGCACCAGGAGGGGAGAGGUUGGGGGUCAAACCACCGCGAACGGGGUUUAUUUUAUUCUACUAUAUCUCAGUCUCUUUAAUUGUUUGGAGCUGUGCCGAAGAGUCCAGAGCAGCUGGUUAAGCAGACGCCUAACACAAGCCUGAACCAGGAAGUUGUUCCUCUGUUCUCCUACGUCCACCCGCUUCCUCUCCUACUGGACUGAUGACCAUCAACUAACGUCCAUGACAACCUUUUUAAACCAAUCAAACACCAGAUUUAAUCCCAAAGAGUCCCCCCCCCCCAUCCCCCCUUGCUCUUUCUCUCACUGCCUUUGUUUCUCCUCUAGAACUGGACUAAAGGAGCUGACAUCAAACUGUCAUUAAAACAUCAUAGUGCCACUGAUACUUCCAGUUAUAUUGAAUUAUUUAUCCUAAAAAACGGACUUCAUCAAAGAGUCUGAUCAAAUUGCUAUCUUUGAACAGCAGAGGCCACUGAUUGCAGCACUACACAUCCAUCCUAUCUACUCUAUGAAGGGUUCAAUCUCUUUGAAGUCACAUGUAAGCACUUCUACAGUAUACAGUCCUGUUAAUGAAUAAGCUGUUUCCUUUUGCUUUUGAUGUCCGUUGUCUUUGUCUCAGAGCGAUUGUCUCCUCUGUGUCGAGUCUCUCUCGUGACUUCUCAUUGUAUUAGCUGACAGGUGUGACAUUGAGAGUCUGAGUUGUGUUUUGUAUUAAAUAGGCUGCGUAUAGUGAGCAUGUCUGGAAAACACUACAGUUCAAGGCACUGGGAUGAGUGUCAUGUGGGUUUGAAAAUAUUUCAAGUCAUCUCAUUAAGUCAUUAGCUCUAGUGUUCAGUGUAUCUAAUGUUUCUUUAAAAACAAGGCUUAAUAAGUACUUUUGUGGUUGGCAUGUUGAACUAAGGUAGAUAGCUAAUGUUCAUGUGUAUUUAAAAUAUCUCACAUCGUUGUUUUAAAAAAAUAUUUGAAGACUCAACAUGAAGCUAUAUGACUUUUCAAGAUGUCAAUUAUUUCCCGACUUUGAGGAAAAAUGCGUUUCAUCUUCUGACCUGGCAUUCAAAAAGAAUGUGUCAAAAUGCAUUAACAACUUGCAAAACAUGUCUGUUUAUGGCGGCUGUUCUGACCACAGCUAUAAGUAUUUUUUUUUUUUUUUUUAAAACGGCAUAUUAACAAUCGCCUCCAAAGAUGAAAACCCCUGACUUCUCAUUGCUAAAUGCAUGUACACUGCGCAAUAGGAAGAAUCAUUGCUCCCUUGUACCAUCUUUUAACGUUAUUGCAAUUCUGUCUCUCGCACCAUAUAGUAUUAUCAUUUUUAUCAUUACACACCAGCAAAAGGUCAGAGUUUGAAGAAUGAAUAUGCAAUGUUUUAGUUUUUUUGUCACUCUGUCCUCAGUAUGAAGGAUCAGUAAAUGAAGUAUUAUUUUUUGUAACUAAUGUAAAAACACAAACGUUUUAUAGAAUUGUACAGUUUUUUUCUGUUUUUGGGGGGGGGGGGAGUUGGAGGUUUUCCUUUCAGAAAAGAGGGGAGAAGCCAUCUCUUAACAAGUGUAUUAUUCAGAAUUGUGCCUGCUUAUGUUGUGUCCUUACUGAGUUUUCAGAUGAAGAGAGAUAUGAAUAUAUAUGAAGAUAACACUAGUCUCAAACUCCAGGUUUGAAUAAGAUAUUUGUCGAGUACAUAUUAUAAUUGUUUUUUAAAGAUACAAAUACCUAUGUCUUUUCAAUGUGCUCUUUGUUCUUGCAUUUCCACUUUAUUUUAUUGAUUUUCUGAUUUCUCUUCUGUCCAUUUGUGGCCCUGAGUUGUGUUUUUAGCUCAUUCUUUAGACUGACCGUAAUACUUAAUUUUUGCUGCAAAUUUGAUUUGCUCUGCGCCUUUUUAAUAUACUUCACUUAUUUGUCUGGUUGUGUCACAACUGAAGUGUGCCAUUUAAUAAUGUCCAUAUGAAGGAGACCCACAUUGUUUAGACCCUGGAGUUUGAGACAAAUCAGCAUAAGUGAACAGAAAACCAAGCCUAGUUUUUAUUUUCUCUGAUGUUGUUUUUGUUUGCCUCCAGUGUCGGGAGCAGCGGUGCAUGUCCUGCUGCUCUGUUUUCUGACUAAAAAAUGCAUUUAUUUUAAAAAAUAAAGUAAUUUUUAUUU